UCCUGCAGCUGCAGCCGCUGCCAGACCUCGCCAGUUCAGACCCACGGGGCUGCCCUCCCCUGCGCACUCCCUCGCUGCCCGGGCCCGGAGCGCAGCGCGGCCGCGCAGAUUCACAAUGUUGAAAGCCCUUUUCUUAACUAUGCUGACUCUGGUGCUGGUCAAGUCACAGGACACAGAAGAAACCAUCACUUACACGCAAUGUACUGAUGGAUAUGAGUGGGACCCUGUAAGACAGCAAUGCAAAGAUAUUGAUGAAUGUGACAUUGUCCCAGAUGCCUGCAAAGGUGGGAUGAAAUGUGUCAACCACUAUGGAGGAUACCUCUGCCUUCCCAAAACAGCCCAGAUUAUUGUCAAUAAUGAACAACCUCAGUUAGAAACACCAGCAGCCGCUGAAGCAUCCUCGGGUGCAACCACCGGGGGUGUAGCUGCCAGUAGCAUGGCAGCCAGUGGAGUGGUGCCUGGGGGUGGUUUUGUGGCCAGUGCUGCUGCAGUUGCAGGCCCUGAAGUGCAGACUGGCAGAAACAACUUCGUGAUCCGGAGGAACCCAGCCGACCCACAACGCAUUCCCUCCAACCCUUCCCACCGGAUCCAGUGCGCAGCAGGCUAUGAGCAGAGCGAGCAUAACGUGUGCCAAGACAUAGAUGAGUGCGCCACAGGCACACACAACUGCAGGGCAGACCAAGUGUGCGUCAACAUCCGGGGCUCCUUUGCCUGUCAGUGCCCUCCAGGGUAUCAGAAGCGAGGAGAGCAGUGUGUAGACAUAGAUGAAUGCACUGUGCCUCCAUAUUGCCACCAAAGAUGUGUGAACACUCCAGGCUCAUUUUAUUGCCAGUGCAGUCCUGGAUUUCAGUUGGCCGCAAAUAACUACACCUGUGUAGAUAUAAAUGAAUGUGAUGCCAGCAAUCAGUGUGCUCAGCAAUGCUACAACAUUCUUGGUUCAUUCAUCUGUCAGUGUAAUCAAGGAUACGAGUUAAGCAGCGACAGACUCAACUGUGAAGACAUUGAUGAAUGCAGAACCUCAAGCUACCUGUGUCAAUAUCAGUGUGUCAAUGAACCUGGGAAAUUCUCAUGUAUGUGUCCACAGGGAUACCAAGUGGUGAGAAGUAGAACAUGUCAGGAUAUAAACGAGUGUGAGACCACAAAUGAAUGCCGGGAGGAUGAAAUGUGUUGGAAUUAUCAUGGUGGCUUCCGUUGUUACCCACGAAAUCCCUGUCAAGAUCCCUACAUCCUAACAUCAGAGAACCGAUGUGUUUGCCCUGUCUCGAAUGCUAUGUGUCGCGAUCUGCCCCAGUCUAUAGUCUACAAAUACAUGAGCAUUCGAUCGGACAGGUCGGUGCCAUCAGACAUCUUCCAGAUACAGGCCACAACCAUUUAUGCCAACACUAUCAAUACUUUUCGGAUUAAAUCUGGAAAUGAAAACGGAGAGUUCUACCUAAGACAAACAAGUCCUGUCAGUGCAAUGCUUGUGCUUGUGAAGUCACUGACAGGACCCAGAGAAUACAUCGUGGAUCUGGAGAUGCUGACAGUCAACAGCAUAGGAACCUUCCGCACAAGCUCAGUGUUGCGAUUGACAAUAAUCGUGGGGCCAUUUGCAUUUUAGUCUCUUGUAAGAGUCCACCAUAGGCAUUUUAAAUCAGCCAAAGAAUAUUGUUACCUUAAAGCACUAUUUUAUUUAUAGACAUAUCUAGUACAUCUACAUCUAUAUACUUUUCACUCACCCAUAAUUCAAACAAUUACACCCUGGUAUAAAGUGGGCAUUUAAUCUGUAAAGAUUCAAAGUUUGUCUUUAUUACUGUAUGUAAAUUAGACAUUAAUCCACUAAACUGGUCUUUUUCAAGAGAGCUAAGCAUAAACUAUCUGGUGAAACUUGGAUUAUUUGCUGUAAAAGUGGGACCGAGAAAUGAAGAUCUUUCGUGGUGCUUAAGGAAACUUACCAUAGCUCCACCCACAGUCUCAUAGGAGGCAGCCAUCAUACACUGAAUAGCAUGGAAGGGCAAGGAGGAGUUUUUUUAACCGCUUUGUAAGAAAAUGGAAAAAGUCAAUAAAAAUAUAUUUCUUUAGAAAAUGAGGCUCUACUCUAUCUUUGUGUUGGUCUUUUUUCUUUUCAAGAUCAGUCUAAAGAUGGUUGCUUACUACAUAGUAAUAAAUCAGUAUUAUACAAUAUGAUGGCUUCUAUAGGACAUUUUUAAUUUUGUAAGAAAAUACUGAUUAUGAAAAAAAGCAAAAUUUUCUAAAAUUCCGGAAUUGAAUUAGUAUCCCCUAGAAGAUGAUUAUGAUGCAAUAUCUAUGGAGACAAGAUAAGAAAAUAAAUUCUUCCUAAAUCACAAUGUGUUCUUAAACAUAUGCAGGAAAUGUAAUUAUAUCACUGAAUUCAGAACUUCCACAUGGAGCAAAGUGAAGAAAAGGUAUUUUGCUGGGAAAGUUUAAAUUUCUAAAUAAAGUUGCAAUCUUAAAUUUCACUAAUUUACAAGAAAUUUUCUCAAUCUUUGUACUAAGUGCUCACAGAUGAAGAAAAUUAUGGUUUUAUUCCUGGCAUCCAAAGUGACAGUGAAUUAAAGCAAAUUACUCUCCCUUCCAAUUCUAUGAAAAAGUUUUAUGUCUUCUUAUUUGUUUAAAAUGUAACUGCUUCACUUUGGUGUAUUAUAGUUUUAAUAAAAAUUGUUUUAAGUAAAAAAUAAAUACGCUUUUAGAUGUCA